GAUAAAGGAACCGGCGAUAUACAAUGAAAGACGGUAUACGUGUCAAAUGUAGCCGCGCGAUCGUCCAUCUUCUCGUGAUCUUGUUCGGUGUGUCCACCUGGAUCGGCGUCAAUGGAAUAUUCAUCGAGCUGCCGCUGCUCGUCGGCACUGCUCCGGAAGGCUGGAAUUUGCCCGCGUACAUAGUAAUAGUGGCCCAAUCCGCGAACGUUGGUCCCGCGAUAUACGUCCUCCUGUUAUACAAGAGCAAAUGCCAGCCGGACGAGUCGUCGUGCAUACUGUGCUUACUGGGCUCGCAGGUUCUCGCCAUGGGGCUGCUAAUAGUGUUUUACGACACAACGGUCGCAAUCGGUGGCGAAAAACACAGCCUGGCCCUGCUCGUCACGGUAUUCUUCAGCGCGCUGGUCGGCUGCUUCAGCUCGGUGCUGUUCAUGCCCUACCUUCGCGACUUCGAUGACGUUUACAUCGUGUCCUAUUUCGUCGGGGAGGGCCUGAGUGGCGUGCUGCCGAGCGUAGUGGCGCUGAUACAGGGCGUCGGCGAGCAGGCGGCGUGCGACGUCCCUCUUGCAAAUACAACGGAAACGAUUAACGCGCCCGACUUGAAGUUCCCGGGGCAAUAUUACUUCUUGUUUCUGACCCUUGUGCUCGUAUUAUCGCUCGUUGCAUUUAUCGUCCUGCGAUACUCCGCGUUCGUACAGGUCAACAAGAGCCUGCGCGACCCUAAUUUUCCCACGCAAACUAAAGUAGAUUAUAAGCGACGUAGUGCGUCCGAUGUUACCGUCCACGUUUAUCACAUUGAUAACGUUGACCGCACAUCAGCCGAUAUGCCGGAAACGGCAAACAAUUGCCCGCUUGUUAAGGCGAACAGUUUAGCUUUAUUUAGGAAAGUUUAUUUGUACGUCCUGAUCGGGGUCUGUUGCUUCUUCAGUAAUGGAUUUUUGCCGAGCAUUCAAUCGUACUCGUGUCUACCGUACGGACAUUUCGCCUAUCAGUUGUCCAUCGUUUGCGCCCAAUUCGUGAACCCCCUAGCAUGCUUCCUGACCGUCUGGGUCAUGGUGUCGGAUAUAAAGAUUAUUAAUUGCCUGUCUCUGGCAUGCCUAAUCGCUGGAUGCUACGUUACUGGCGUGGCUCUGUUGUCUCCUACUCCGCCGUUGCAAAAGUCAACGAUCGGUGUGGGAUUGAUCGUUCUGUCCUGGAUCGUUCUGAUGGGCAUCAUAUCGUAUUUGAAACUCGUGAUAGUGUCUGUUCUGAAGCACAUGUCGUCCUCGAAGGCGCUCUUCAACGUAGGUGUAGUUAUGCAAACGGGCUCAGCGACCGGUGCGAUUAUCUCGUUCGUUUUAAUUAACUUUACCGAUUGGUUUAAAGCGUACAACUCCUGUUCCGUAUAAAGACAACUGAAGGGUUGGAUGCAAGAACCAGGUGGCAUCAUCUCUUGUAAGAAAUGAGUUGUGAUUUUAUUAUUGCUGCAAAAAAGCUGAUAGGAUCUAAAACAAUAGAUAUAUUUUAUAUUGACACGUUGCCUUAUAGAAUUGCACUUAAAUGCAUCGCAUUAUUACGUAAGAAAAAAAUGUAAAAUACUGUGACUUUUUAGAUUCAGUUUUUCCUUAGUUCUUGUAAAGCUUACUAAAAUAGAACCAUGUAGUUCUUGUGUGUCCAACCCUUCAGUCGCUGAAACUCUGGCAAUAUAGUGCGAGCUGAUUCGAUAGAUACGAGGGCAAUUGCAAUCAAGGUGCAGUAACAAAAAUAAGCGGACAAUAAGAAGAAUAUAUGCUUUGUGAAGCUAGAUAAAUGAGUGAUAAAUAAUAAUGUCUCACACUAUCAAUUUCGACAGACUAAAAAUGUAUUAGUCCCGGUUGUUUGAAACAAAAAAAUCUCGUUUUUCAAAUACUGUCACGAUAGGUGGCAUUCGGGAAUCAACAUUAGACUGUUUAUUGCGAGAUUGUGUUUCCGUAUGCUUCGGUGGUCGAAUUAACUGAGUCAACCCGCCUAGGCGAGAGGGAGGUCCAGGUUCAAACCCUGGCUGAGGUAAUAUUUUUCGCAGUAAAUUAAAAAAAUGUGAAAUAUUUAGACAUUAACACCCUGUCACGGCUCUUAGUCCUUUAUUCCUUCAAACUUAUGUUUAUCACAUUAGAGCCAUACAAAUUUUUUAAAAAUAUAACUUAUCCUAGUAGCCCGAGCACAGUGUGCUUCCCAUGUUGAUUUCAAUAAAGUAUUCCAGAAACUGUAUUAAAUCUCGAGAGAAGCUAUAUACGUAUUAAAAAUUUGUGCAAUGCAUCUAUGCACUUACAGUCUCUAGUGUGUGUAUGCAUGUAUUUAAUAUAUUAUGUUUAGCAAAAUUGCAUAUUUUAAUAGUGAGAACACAUUAACAAUUUUUG